AUGGAAGAGCUGAAAAAAACGAACGAUGAGCUGAAUAAGAAAAUUUCGGUAUUUUUAUUCUCACAUUUGCAAUUUAUUCAAAGUUUUCAGGCUCUGGAGAAGACUUCCAACGACUUAGAAAUGAAUCAAAUUCGUAUGAAUAUGUUGGAAACGCGCAUGGCCAAACUGAAUAACCAAUUGGUUGAAGUGACUGCAGAAAGAGACAAUGCCAAACAGAGUAUUGAGGUAUAGGUUUUUUUUUUGUCUUUAUCAAACAACGAAAAUCGAAUAAAAAAGAACAGGGUUUAAUAGUUUUUCAACCCUAUUUUAAAAAAAAGAGGCAGAGUAAUCAAAACCUUCGCCUGACUAUCCUUUCUUGUGUAUUCCAAAUAUUUUUUAUAUCGUUCUCUGUUCAGAGACUGGAAAAAGAGCUGGCGCAGGCCCGUGCACGGCCCGUCUCAACGGUUUCAUCUGAAAUCCAUACGACUUCUGCGGCCCCAACGGCUUCUGUCUCAACCAGCGCGGCUUCUUCCGCAGCAAAGACUCUUUCCGCCGCCACAUCUAGCUCAGCUGCUUCCAAAUUUGGACAACCAUCCUCUGCAGCUUCCUCCAACAGCCAAUCCCAGCAAGUUUCGCAGGUCCACAACUCGAGCUCGGCUGUUCCGAUAUUCACGGAUGAUAGAGCUAGAGUUCCGACGAUGCCCACAGACAGCGUCUCUCAGUCGCUUUCCGACGAACUUCUGUUUAAUAGUCAGAAACCUCCUCUACUCACUUCAACCCCAAGCAUUCCUGCGGAUAUCGACCAGCAGGCCGUCGGCGAGUCUGUACCGGAGCUCUCCCACCAACAACCAGCUCCUCCAGACGUCUUAUCUCCAGCUACCAGUUUGCCUGUUCCUGGAGCCUUCGCUUCGUCAGCGCGAGUUCCCGCAGCUUCGCUCUUCUCUGGCUUCUCUCAUACACCAACUCAAAGUGAAGGUGUACCAACGCUUCCACCAAAGCCCACUAUUGUUUGCUGAACAAAUUUUCGUGUAAUUAACUGUUUUUAUUCAGGCUCCUCCUGCUGAGAAGCCGAAGAUCUCCUUUGCCAGUUCUUCGUCCCUCAUCCAACCUGGCCAAUCGCUGUUUGGCAGAUCCGCUCCCACUCCAGAAGUACGCUUCGAACUUCAUAUUUGUUGUGAAUUAGUCAUUUCAGCCCAUGACGACGUCUUCAAGCUCUACAGAUGCAGUUCUGUUGCCAGAAGAAAGUGUCGUGGAAGCAGGACAAAGCAGUCAAGUAUGACUGUUUUUCUUCUUUUUUCCAUUUUUUUUCAGGUCAGCGGAAGCGUUGAUAAAACUCAACACAUCCAGCCGUUGUCUGGACCAAGUGGUCAGUCUCUGAAUAAACCCAAGAAUCUCAUGAAAAAGAUACAAGAGCUUAGGAUAGUGUAUUGAAUUUUUCGAAACCUCAGCACUUCUUCUAAAUUUAACAAAAAGAAAAUAAAUCUCAAAGGAAGAGGUCACAUAAAAUUAUAAAUCUCAAUUUUUUUCAAUAGUAGAACGUGCAUUGAUUUUUAUUCUUCUAAAAAAACAAAAAAAUUGAAGUUUUUUUGCGAGUGAAAAAGAUAUCCUUGUAAGAUAAUGUAUAACAAAAUCUGAGGAUUUUUAGACAGUGCUGGGGAGUCACGGGACAGCACUACAGGGCCGAACGUCUCCAGUUCAGAAGCUCGUCGCAAAAGAACUGCGACAGAAAGUAGUGCCGGUGGAGCCAAGCGUCUCCGUGGAAGUCCGAGCGAAGACGUCACCAGCAGCGAAAACAGACCGAUCCAGCAAGGUUCGCUCGACAUUUCCGACACUAGACAACAGAUUUAUAGUGGAUGAGAUCCCUGAACUGGACGACGAGGUGCUCGAAAUCGAACAAGAAGUGAGUGACGAGGAUCGCAACGAAAUCCUGCGGCGUCAGCUGCACGGCGAAGUCGUCGAUUUGGAGAACGAAGAUGACGAGGAGGGAGAUAACGGAGAGAUGUUGGACGACGACGGACAGAUGACUGGCGAGGAAGAGAACGAGGAACCAGAAGAUGACGAGUCGUUUGGGGGAGACGAGGAGUACGAAGAGCCGGACGACGAUGAUGACAUCAUCGACGAGACCGACCAGCCGAGAGACGAAGAAGAAGACGACAUCGUCGUUAGUUCUAUCAGAAAACCACCGCUACUUAUGCGAAAAAGUGUAGGUUCUAAAUGAUUCUGAUGACAACGAUGACGUGGAUUCGAUUGAAGACGUAGGAGAAGAAGAAGCUGAUGAUCUGCGUGGCAACGAUGACGAAGUACUCGGCGGAGAAGGUUAGAGAAGAGAACGCGAGUUGGGAGAGCAGAUUCUCUCUACAGCUUUUUUUUUUUUUCGAACGAAAGUCUUAUAUUUUUUUGAAUAUUUUUUUAUAUUUCACAGGAGGUUCCGAAGUUUUUUUGAAGAAAAAUAAACGUUUUAGAAGACGAGUCAAAAAAACUGUUAUAGCGCCUAAAAAAAUUGUUGAAAAAGGGAAAAAGUACUGAAUAUUUUUUCGUAGUUUAUUUUACAUCCUGUAAAAAAACUUCAGAACCAGGAAAGUUGGAUGUAACGAUUUUUCUCAGACUCGCAGCCUUCGCUGGAUGAUCAGGACAGAGAAGCAGCUUCGGCGAUGGAAGAAGCCGAAGACGAGGGUCGUGCUUCGGUCGAAGAUCAGUUGGCACCAACGGACGGAAGUGUUGCCGUUCCUCUGCAGCCAGACGUGCCCAAUCCAAACUUGCGCAUACCGCAGUUUUUCGAGACGGACGGAGAUCGUGAAGAUCAGUGCUCCAGCAGGUCUGCGGCUUCUUAUCAAUCAAUUUCAAAUAAUAGCUUGUCAUCUUUGUAGAAAAUAGGCGAAAAUCGAGUUACAUGUAAUAAUCCUAACAUGGUGAUAAGCGACGGUCGACGAAGAGUGAUUUGAUAUUCUUUAAAAAGUCAAAAACCGUCAUGAAUACUUUUUGCAUAUGAGAAUCGAUUAUUGCAAAGUCAAUUUUUUCUAGUGUAAUCUGACAUUUUACAUUUUUAGCAACGAAACAGCCGAAGCUUCUGGCUCUUCGGAACCUGCUCAGCGAGGUCGCCAAGUGGCUCGUCGUAGUCGCGGUCGUCAGCUCCAGAUCUACCAGCCUCCAAAUCGUUCAGUGGCUCCUCAGUCUCCGGCGAGAUCCCGAGGUUCUCCUCGCGGGAAUCGCGGUAUUAAACGCGGCGGUCGCGGUCGCGGAACUCAUCUGUAAAUGCUAAUAAUAUGCAAUGUUGAAUAAGUUAUUUAUUUAUUUUUCGUGAAUUCCUUCUUGGGUUCUCAGCACUGAUUUCAUUUGAUUUUUGUUUGAAGCAGAAAAAUUUCCCGGUAUUUUGCAUACUGAAAUAAAUGAGUGAUAUCUGAUUGAUGUUUGAAUUUCGAAGUUUUCGAGGCAUCAAAAAUCAUUAAAGGUAAACUCUUUGUUGGCACAUGAAAAUUAUAAAUUCAACGCGUCGUUCUUCGGUCUAUCAGGCAUCGAAAAAAAAAGUUUUUAAUACCCUCUAGUCUGUCUCGAACUUUUUUUUUUCUAAAGUUUUCAAAAAUAUUCAAAUGAAUCGAAAUCGGUUUUAUCGGCGUUCUCUAGUUCAGUGUGUCGGUUUGUUAAUCGCGGGGCGGUGCUUUGAAUGACUGCUGUAACAGGGUUACAAAAGUCGCUUUUCGGAACCAGCCGACCUGUUUUGCACGCCUCCCAUCGCGGCAACGGCAUCGUCUUGAUGGCACGGAUGGUUUCGCUCGUCUUGCUUCCGCCGCUCGUCUUUUCGGUGGUGCUCGGCGACUUCUCGGUUUCGUUCAACGCCUUCUUGGUGGCCAACUAUGGGCAGGCCAUAGACGAUCAACUGGCUCGUCGAGAUUUAGGCACUGCCGGCAGUUAUGGCGGAGGCGAGCACACAGGCGUUAAUCGCACAGAGUAGGAACUUAAUGGAUGUUCCGGCGAGUCCAAUUAUCGAAGAAAAUGAGCAAAAAGAAUCGAAUUCUUGGAUAUUAUCAACCAAAGAUUUAUGAUUUUUUUUAAAUUCAAAAUCGACUUAUUGGUUUGGUGAUACGAUAAUGUUGUAGAUGAAAUUAGAAAAUCUAAGUUUUUUUCGGGGAAAAAGUUUUAACGAAAUGUUGUGAAGCCCUCAAAAGCCUCGCAAUUGGCAAAAAGAAAGAGACGUUUUUCAGGCCUGUAUUCCACUCAUAGCGUAGAAAAAAAAUACGAAAAAGGGGUCGGCAGCGUAAUAAUUUUUCCUUCUUAAUUUUUUUACUAAAACUCGUAAAUUUUAAAACUAGGUCAGCUUUUUGAAUAUCUUUCUUCCCAACCAUUUUUUUUCGAGUUUCAGCCAGUCGUUUCAAUGAAUAUGGUCUCAGAAACGAUGUUUCAGUAACCUUUUCGAUAAUCAAUUUGUUCUCUGCAGAAGACAAGCGGUGGUUCUUGUCCAUGGGAUCACGAACACGGCCGGAACCUUCGCCAACCAUCGCCAACACUUGCUCAACAUCGGCUGGACCGACGACACCGUCUUCGCGACGACCUACGGCGACGGCGGCAAGACGGUCGCCCCACUCGUCGACGUCAAGUGCCAGUACAUCAAACAGGUGAGAAGUCUCGACGUAGAAGUCUGACGUCAGUCUCCAGGUUCGCUACAUGAUCCAAGUCGUCGCCGCCUUCACCCAUCGCAAGGUUGACGUCAUCGCCUACUCUUUGGGGUCGCCAAUCGCGCGCAAAGUUCGUCUCUUAAUCAUCAUUGCGUCGCCUAGAACCUGAUUUUUCUUGAACCUUUCGAUUUAAAAAAAAAGAAGUAAAGGCACCCAAUUAAACUUGGAAAAAUAGAACUUCUCGAAAAUUUCGCUUCAUAUAUGAAGAAAAGGCUCAUUAAUUUUACUGUUUUUGCUGCAUAAUUUAUCCGGUUCCACAUUUUUCAAAGGUAAUGGUAAUGGAUAAAUAAAAGUUUGCUAAAUUACUUCAAACCGCAAAACUUGUGUCAUUUUUUGUAAAAUUUUGGAGUUUUCUACUAAUUGCCUCUAAAGUUGUUUGAUAUACUGAAAAAUUGAAUCCAAAUAUUUGCUAUCCGCGCAACUUCAGUUUUAUAAAUGUUUUUUUCAAAGGUUGACAUCCUCGUGGUGUCGUGUUACAUUAAGUAACUGCGAUAGACAAAAAUGUUUUGUAUAUAUGAGGCUUGGUCGGUUUCAAUAAAUCAGAAAGUGCUCAGCCCUUCCUUUCAAUUUUAUGACAAAAUGACUUCCAGAAACUUUCUUUUUUUGUACUGUUUGAACUUGAGGCGCUACUUGGCGGCAAAUGCGUCGACAGCGGCGAGGACCUGGGAAGUUCGCUCACCGGCCUCAUCGAUACGUUCGUCUCCGUGGCAGGUCAGCCCUUUUCAGUUUGGCUCAGACAAAAAUAAUUAUCAUUCAUCCCUGUGCCUCUAUUUUUUAUUUUUCUGAAAUCUUUUGGCCUUUUCUCUGAAGAUUAUGAAUAGAUUUGUUGUACAUUUACAUUGGCCUUUUUGGAGUCUAUCAUUAUUUUGAAACUGUGAACAAAAAGAACCAUUGACUCAGGUCCAUGAGUUCAUGGAUCAUCCACAAAACGUGGAAAUUCGAAAAAUACUGGAGCUCUCCGAAAAAGGGCGUCCAUUUCAUUUUUCCCAUAAACAGGUCCUGUGAAAGGACUUUUGAGCCCGAACAACGGUUAUGAAUGGAAUUGAGGGGCCAACCGCGGCUCGUUCCUUUGUGUGCUGCCGUUCCCGGGAGCCUGCAACCUGAUCAACGGCCUUUCCUGCUCCUCGGCUUUCAUCCGCGACAUCAACAAGCAGUGAGUGGGGGAAAACCCGUCGCAUCAGCUUGAAUAACCGAAAAAACUAACCAGAUUUCCCAAUUUUGUUGAAGUUUGUCAUUCAAGAUAGUAAUCGCCAGAAACAGGGUGUUUUCAAGACAUUUUAAAAGGAAUGAUGGAAAACUCGUGCAACUUUGAGCUUGAAUUUUCUCGCAGGCAACGAUAUGAAGGAAAGUACAUCUACUCGAUCUACUCGAAGGACGACGACAAAGUUGGUUACCGUAACGCCUGUGGCCAGCUGACUUCAUCGAUCGACGGAGCCGACGCCGAAUUCGAGGUUUCUCUUUGAUUAUAUGACUUUCUCAAUCGUCACUAGGUUGGGAGCAAUAAUUAAUAUCGGUCUCAAAAGUUUUUGUGCGAAAAGAACUAAGUUUCAGGGAAGUUCAUUUCACUUGGAACUCUGAACUCAUUUCAUGAAACUAUUCAAAAUGUUUUUCUCUUCUGUUUUUUGAGAAGAAGAUUUCAGAAUUCUCACUCAGAAGUAGUCAGCCUGUUCAAGCUUUCGUUUUCCUUCCCACUUUUUUUCCACUGUUCUUAUUAUCUUGAAAAAAUAGCGUAGAGCUUGUUAAUGCUUGUUUUACCACACACUUUUUUCGUCUCAAAGAUUGAACCUGAAACACAAAUACUGAAAUUUUUUCCAAAAAUGCUUGUGCAGCGGCCCGGAAACCACGACGGCGUGAUCGGCCGAACGGCGCAGCUCUCGUUCAACCUCAUCGACCAACAUCAGCCUCUGGGCCAAUGAUUGUUUCCGCCAAGCGCUUUAGGUUUUAUUGGGGGAGCUCCGGUCUACUUGAAACAUGGAUUUUGCAGGUCUUCUACGUAGAAGCUGA